CUACCAGCUGUCACGUUGACAGCAUCGCAGUGUGUGAAAUAUUGAAAAAAGCAAAACACGAUUACGUGAAUCGAACAGUCCUUUGUUUCACCGACGCAAAGAUGGCAGCGUCAUCUCAGGCCAGCCGCGGUCUUACGGCCCUUUUCAAGCGCGGGUGGAACGAAAUCCCAGAAGUGGUCGGUUCGUCAGUGAUAGCUCUAAUCGGAAUCGGUCUCAGCGUGGUCGGAUUGACCAACUACUAUCGGAAAGACGCCGAUAACCGCCGUUACAAGCUAACGUACGUUGUGAUGCGUCCAGACGAUCCCCGAGCGGCGCGCAUUCGCCAAGAUUAGAAGGCUCUGCACCCCGGUUAGAUCUAAAUAAACUGUUUACCAAUGUAAA